AUGAGCACAGGCCGGCUACUCACAACGGCGGCUUUGUCCUUGAUGUCGGAUGUGGACAACGUGACCGGGAGCCAGUCUCCGGACCUGGUCCUGCAGCCCGUCUGGGACUACCUGCGCCAGAACCACCACGGGCUCCUGAGGAGCCCGCUCUUCCCCGUGGUCCUGUCGGUGGCCACCUACUUCAUGCUGGUGGGCCUCUACACGGCGCUGGACCUGCUGGCCCCCGCCUGGCCGCGCCUCAACCGCUACCGGCUGCACCCUGACCGGCCGGUCGCCUGGCCCAGCGUCUGGACCACGCUGGCCGUCACCGUCUACAACCACCUGUUCUUCAUCUUCCCGGCGGCGGUGGCCCAGUGGCUGUGGCGCCCGCCCACCCCGCUGCCCCGCGAGGCGCCCACCCUCUGGAGCUUCUUCCUGGGCGUCGGGGGCUGCCUGGUGGUCUUCGACUUCCAGUACUACCUGUGGCACCUGCUGCACCACCGCGUGCCCUGGCUGUACCGGACCUUCCACGCCGUCCACCACCAGUACAGCCAGCCCUUCAGCCUGGUCACCCAGUACCUGUCGGGCUGGGAGCUGUUCAGCGUGGGCUUCUGGGCCACGGCCGACCCCAUCCUGCUGCAGUGCCACUGCCUCACCACCUGGGCCUUCAUGGUCUUCAACGUCUACGUGUCCACCGAGGACCACUGCGGCUACGACUUCCCCUGGUCCACGCACAACCUGGUGCCCUUCGGCCUGUGGGGGGGCGCGCCCAAGCACGACGCGCACCACCAGAGGCCCGCCACCAACUACGCCCCGUUCUUCGCGCACUGGGACUGGCUGGGGGGGACGCACACCGUGCCAAGCCCCUCCGGCCAGGCCGCCGCGGGGGAGCCCGACGAGACGAAAGGGAGAAAGGACCAAAGCGCCUGA